AUGGGGGGAAGAGCGUUUAGUUUGCAGCACCUCGACCUCACGGGCAGUAACAUCAUCACUCCUAAGGAUAUUGCUGUGUCUACAGUAGCCACGGUCAGUCAGCUCCUGAGUGCCGGUCCUGAGAAAUUCUUGAAUGUCGACCUUGAUGAUUUUUCAAAAUUAACACAGACUCUGCAGAAUUUCUCACUGCACGAGGAAUCAAAUAAAUACCUGGUACAGCCGAAUUUGGCAGUGCAGUCCUUUAAAGGGGAACCUGGGACUCAACAAGUGCAGUUAACCUUAUUUAAAGGAAUAAUAAACAAAAGUGUUGGGUUUGUUCUCUAUAAUAGCGACCAUUUCUUUCCAUCACAAAACUUUACACCUUCUCUGAAUACCAAGAGAAGAGUUUUCUCUGCUAACCUGUUCGAAAAUGGAUCUGAUGCCAUGGAAGUUCAGUUUUCAGUCACACCAUCGGAUGAUCCCACAAUGUCCCUCGAAGACUUUGCAUGCGUGUUUUGGAGUUACAGCGAAAACGACUGGAGUACAGAAGGUUGCACGAAAACAAAGAGCUUUUCAGGUCACGCGCAGUGCAGCUGUACACCUGAUCAACAUGAGGAAAAUUUCAACUUAAAUAAAAACUUUGCAGUCCUGAUGUCUUUCAAUAUAAACUAUCAGUAUUCAGAAACAUUAAACUGGAUCAGCAUUGCCGGCUGUUCUCUUUCUAUAUUGGGUCUUGCUGUCACAGCAGUUUACCAGAUUGCAACCAGGAAGUCAAGGGGAUGCAGCCCAACUCUGCUUUUGGUGAACAUCUGCUUGAGCAUGAUGAUUUUCUACCUUCUCUUCAUCUUUGGCAUUAACAACCCUGUCGUACAUCCAAAAGUGGCUAAAGUUUCAACAGAAAAUCUCGUUCUUGUGUCAGAUUACCAUCAAUACUCUGAUGAGGGUCCUUGUACGGCAUUUACAGCCAUGAUUCAUUACUUCUUGUUGGCCACAUUCACUUGGAAUACUCUGUAUGGAAUUAAUGUGUUCCUCCUCUUCAAAACAACCACUGGAACACCUCCAUGGUUUCCCAAGGUGUCCCCAGCAGUCGGCUGGGGGUUUCCCGCCAUCAUUGUUGGUAUCUCAAUGGGUGCCACUUACAGAGUCAACAAACCUUUAGAUUAUCGACAAGAAGAGUUUUGCUGGUUGGCUUUCCUGGACCCCAAACAGAAUUUCGAUAUGAGGAAGCCAAUGUUCUGGGGAUUUCUGCUUCCUUUGGUUAUCAUGCUGAUCUUCAACAUGGCAAUAUUGCUGCAUUUCUCUCAGAACACCUGCAAGACCGUCCCUGAUUUAAACCGGUACCUUUUAUUUUAG